GGCUGCCCGGCGCAGGGGUGAGGCGCAGUGCCUGCGAGCGUAUCACAGAGACGCGGAAUACAGACAAUUUAUUGAUUUAAGUUGAUCAAUUCUCGCUUGCUAUUGCCGUGAACGAGAGCUGCGUCCUUUGGGGUCCUUCAGAGGAAUAAUCAAACGGACGGCGGAGUUGAAAUCGCGACGAAAGGUUUCCGUGCAAGGGGAUGAAGAGAACCGCUGGAAGUGAACGGUGAUUUCUCUUCUCCGGGAUUAAACGGCGUAUAUUAAAUUCCUGCACCUGCUCUCCUGUUAAAGGAAUAUCGCCUUAAACACAACCAGGGCUUUCCGGUAUUCGCCGAGGAUAAAACAUUCCUCUUGAUUGUACACGCCAAAGUCUGUUCGAUGUUUGGAUUUAAGGACAUUUGCGAAUCGCAGUUUGUUUAAUUGGCAAAGCACUUAUUUAUUUAUCGGAUUCGAGUCAGCAGAAUAAGCUGUCGUUUUUACUGGAGUUUGCAAUUUCCUACUAAGCCUCGCUCGGAGAUUAUUCCAGUAAGUAAACGCGUAAAAAUCCUGACCGACGGAAUCGUUUACGGUAGUUCAGAACGCAGUUAACGGAGCGCAAUUGACGCACGGCGUUUUUUAAGGGAAACAGCUCCUCACUUUGAUCCGCCGUCUCCCAUUUAACGAAAAACACCGGAUUCGUUAAAAAAAAAAAAGAAGAGGGUACCUUAAAAGAAAGGCAGGGGGAAAUUGCAGAAGAAGCUGCUUUGGAUGACUUUUUUCCUCUAUUUUUUACGCGUGUGAAGAACGCAGAUAAAAGGAAAUCAACUUAUAAUAAGUCAACCGAAUAUACCAGGGAUUAUGCAUUUUUCCAUUUCAUCCAAGGACAGAAUGAGAUAUUAUUGAUUUUUUUAUUUUUUUUUCCCCUCAUCAUUUUCCCCUCGUCUGUUCUUUCGGCCGCUUCACGUUCCCACAGUCCUGUCAUCGCCAAACCUGCAUGGAAAUCUAGUCGGCACCACAGAGCGAUUUAUGGUCGGCCUCGGCAAACCGGUGUCUGUAGAGUCAUACCUGCGUCUGCGCAGUCAUGCUGGCCUGUCUGCAGAGGAGGCAGAACCCUGCACCCCAGCACGCCUCGGCCGUCUGCAGCAGCAGCAAGAGUCUUGAGCCAACGCAACACAUCAACCGCAAAUGUGAGCUGACUGUCCCCAUGCCUUCCCCGCGCUACCCCAGCGCAGCAGAGCUGGAUGCCUACGCGCAGAAGACGGCCAACAGCCCUCUGUCCAUCAAGAUCUUCCCCACCAACAUCAGGGUCCCCCAACACAAGCACCUUAACCGGACUGUGAAUGGAUACGACACCACCGGACAGCGCUACAGCCCAUACCCGCACCUACACACAGGGGGCUACCAGGGUCUGCUAGCCAUCGUCAAGGUUUCGUCGUCCUCAUCCUCAUCUUCCUCGUCGUCUUUCGCACCCUCCACAAAGGGUGUCCUCAAAAACUCAGAGGGCAGGAGGACUAAGUUGUCUCCAGCGCAGAUAGCGGUGGCUCCUUAUCCGCCUCCCAACAGCAGCACUUUAGGUCAUUGCCAUGGACAGAUUGUGUACCACACAGGGCCUCCCAAACCGCCAGAGGCCACCUCUCUGGCGGUCCCCCCAAACGUCACUGUGGCCGGCUCCGUGAUACCUGUUGCGGGGGGCCGAGGAUUGAGCCUCCCUCCUCAGUCGAAUCUUCCCUCCAUCCAGAGCAUCAUUUACCAGAUCAACCAGCACUGCCAGGCCCAGGCUCUGCAGCAGGUGUGUCAGAAUGGGGCAUCGACAGGCCCACCGAACCCCAGCCCGUCCAAACCGGGCACCGCAAACUCCUCAGGGGGGGCUUACGUCACUAGUGUGGCUCCGCAGGGAAACAUGGCCUAUUCAGGGACGGUGAACAGCGAGGCGAUGAAGUAUCCAGAAGGUAUGGACUACCUCCUGUGGCAGAAACAGCAGCAGCAGCAGGCGGUUUUGAGGAUGUACAGUGGAGGGAGCGGAGGCGGCGGCGCCGUGAGCAAGUCGCCAGAAACCUGCGCUCCCGGAGGCUCCAUCAUGCUCGGAGGGGCGCAGGUGUCCUCCUCCAGAGGCUACCCGAUGACGGCCAGCACGAGCGGUGGGGGCGGGCUGGACAAGGUCAGCUCCUCCCCUUUGAACUGCGUGGGGAUGCAUGGGAACUUUUCUGUGGGCCAGUACUUUGCGCCGCCGUGGAACAGCGUUCUGGUGACGCCGGACAGCGACUGCUACAACCCACAGGAGCUGCCGGGAGCGACGACCACAGCUGGACCGGUGACGGGACACAGGGAGCUGGGGUUCCCUCAUCCUCACCAGCACCCUCAUCAUCACCACCAAAACCAUCAUCAUCACCACCAUCACCCGGCCAUAGACAGCACGGGUGGUCUGUGCUGCAGUUUGCCCAGUAAGAGUCUAUGUAACACGUCAGUCCUGAGCAGCAGCCUGCAGUCGCUGGAAUACCUGAUCAAUGACAUCCAUCCUCCCUGCAUCAAGGAGCAGAUGUUGGGGAAGGGAUACGAGACCGUGUCUGUGCCGAGACUAUUGGACCACCAGCAUGCACACAUCCGCCUCCCUGUUUACAGAUAAGAAGAGACGGGCCUGGCCGAUCUAAAGAGCGACUGGAAAAUCUUUAAUCACAAACUGCAGUUGUUGCCAUUGCCUAGGUUUGCAGUGGAGUUUGGUGAUCCUGCUCAAAGCAGACUGGGGGAGAUCUGAAUCAGAACACGGUUGGGUGAAUGCUGGAAAGCCAAUCGGUGCCUCUCGGCUCAGAGCUGGGAGAGAAUUGCUGGCUAGGAAUUGGAAUGUUCCUAAAUGUGGAUUCUUUUCUCUCUUUUUGCCAAGAGGGAAUUUUUUUGUUAUUGUUUUUCUCUCUUUCAUUUUUUUUUUUUGUUUUACCUUUCAAAUUAUUUUAUCAGACUAAUAUUUUUAUUUUUGGUGAGAGUCAGUGGUUUAAAUGAAGUAAAAAUGGCCUCCUCUCCUCCCCAAGUAAGCGUUUGGAUUGACGCGAUGAAGAUGAUGGUCUUAAAGCACCACGCUUGUCUGUAAAAGAUACGGUUGAACCUGUGCUCACAUAACACUGUAAGAGGUAACGGAAUGCUUGCAUUACAACGUGACCAAAAAGGCAACUAGAUCAGUGCUUUUAGGUGACGCUAAUGGCUAAAAUGGAAAACCCUUAGCGCUAGUCGUUUUUUUUUUUGAGAAAUUGCACUGCUUGGGGUGUAAAAAUGUGUGAAAGUCUUGGGAGGUCGGAAAUUAGACGUUCGAAUAUAAUGUAUUUAAAGAACUUGAAGACUUGAACCUAUUUUUGUUGUUUUAUAUAUAUUUGUAGUAUAUAAUAUGCAUUGGCUGCUAAGGGAGUAAGAGUGUAAAAUGCUUAGGUUUUUUUAAUGUUUCGUUAUUUCAUUUUAUUCUCCUUUUGGCUGCAGUAUAAGUGUCUGCUGUUCUCGCGGUGUAACCACCACCGAGAGCUAAACAACAGAGCGCUCAUUUAUUUACCUACACUGGAAGCAAAUCUCCACAUAAGCAGAUAUAAAAGGAACCGGUUGUUGGAAAGCUCUGAAAUGAGACCUCCCUCAUUAACAAGAUUAGGCCGAUCGUGUCUGUUUCAGUCAUAGAAACGCAUUCUGACAUGCCCAAAUGAAUCAGAUUUGGAAUUCAGAAAAUGAGCCGUCUGUUGUUGGAAAUCUUGUUCUUGAUUGGUUAGGGAUCAAACGACUCUUCCCUCACGCCUUCGAAAGCUUCGAAGUGCACGUGACUCCAUUAAAUGAGGAUCUGAGGGGAGGUCAGCUAUCAGAGGUGUCGCUUGACCAUUCCUCUUUUUUUUUGAAACGAUAAAAACAAUCAUUGCCUCUCUCAAACAGAGGUGGACGGAGAGGGGCUGAGCGUUUUUCCUCAGCUCUGUGCUAGCGGUUUUCGAGCCGGGUUGAGGCCGCUCGUAAGCUUUGUCUCAACACUGAAAUAUUUAUUCCGACUGUGACUUUCCUGUGAAUGUACUGCACUUAGAUUACUGAGAAGACUAAUGCCUUGUGGGACAGAGAGGGGGGAAAUAAAGAAAAAUUGGAUGGGCACAGCGGUCCCUGGCAUUAAAUUAGCAUUUCUUUUGUCAGUCAAAUUUCACCGGUAAAUUGAAUUUAGAAACUCGAGAGAGUCAACGGGGGGUUUCUGGCGGAGGCAAAAAGCUGGCUACAGUCUAGAUUUAUGAAGUGCAAUUAUUAUGACUGUAUUAACAAUUUUGUUUUCUCUGAGCUUACACCAAAAAAAAAAAAUGUAAAAGUACAGCUGUGUCUACAUUCCCAAUGUACCACAUACUCAUUCCCUUCUUGUUUUGAGGUGCAAAAUAAAAUGAUUUCAAGAA